AUGUUUACAAGCUUAAUGGAACAUCUAUCAAAUUAUGAAGACAAUGUGGAGAACCACUUACCAGAUUUUGGUGAUAAUGAUAUAAAUAAAAAUAAUACUGAUAACCAUAAUGUAGAUGUAAAUGAAAUGAAGUUUAAAGAUGUAAGAAUCCAUGAUGAAUCUGAUGCAAGCAUUAUGCUAUUAUACCUUUUACAGCAACAUGAUCUUAAUCCUAAUUAUAUAGUUAUACCACAGCUUGAAGAGCUAUCUAAUAAACUUACUGGUCUUUUCUGA